CAGAAGAUGAUACAUCAGUGACUGAUCAGUCGUCGACUCGCCGUCAAUCGUCAAUUCAUCUCCGACGAUAAACGGAACCCAAAACGUUUACAAAGAUUUCUAUUGUGUUUGCAUAUAACAGAAUGGGUUUCCGGCGCCUUCUAAUAGAGGUGUCGAGGCAUCACUCACAAUGUAGGCAAAUUAGAAACAUACAUUCAUGUUCUUAUCACACAUCACUGAAAUUUGGAGUCAAUGGAGGUUUAAAUCACCCUAUCAAGAACACAACUUUCAGCAUUCCAACAAGCUCAAUGAUGUUGUCAAGGGCAUUAUACUCUUCAGAUGCAAGCACAAUUGAAGUUAAUCCCACAGAUGCUGCUAAAGAAUUGUAUGAUAAAUUGCUCAAAUCUGUAAAGGAACAAAGAACUGCACCUCCCAACAAUUUGUUAUGGAGCCUCAUAGAAAAAAGUUCCAAUCGUGAAGACAUCAAACUUCUAUUCAACAUAUUGGAAAACCUUCGAAAAUUCAGACUCUCAAAUCUUCGAAUUUUUGAGAAUUUUAAUGAUAAUCUUUGUCGGGAAGUAUCAAAGGCAUGUGUUAGAGUAGAGGCUAUUGAUCUUGGAAAAAAGACAUUAUGGAAACACAAUGUAUACGGAUUAACCCCUAGCGUUGCAUCUGCUCACAGUUUACUGUUGUAUGCUAAAGAACACAAAGAUGUUGAUCUUAUGGUGGAUGUAAUGAAGCUUUUGAAAGCAAAUGAUGUCCCACUGCAACCUGGAACAGCAGAUAUCGUCUUUAGCAUUUGCUAUGAAACAGAUAGCUGGGAGUUGAUGUGUAAGUACGCAAAAAGAUUUGUGAAGGCUGGAGUGAAAUUGAGACGAACUUCAUUUGAUACUUGGAUGACAUAUGCUGCCAAAUUAGGAGAUAUUGAUAAUUUGUGGAAAAUUGAGAAACUGAGAUCUGGAUUGAUGAAAACACAUACAAUUGGAAGUGGAUUUUCAUGUGCAAAAGGGUUUUUAAUUGAACAUAAACCAGAAGAAGCAGCUGUGGUAAUUCAAGCUGUCACCCAGACUUUACCGGAGGCGAAAAGGCCAGAUAUAAUGGCGGAACUUGAGAAGAUGGUUAGCGAGUGGCCUUUGGAGGUCAUAAAGAGCCGGAAAGAUGAGGACAAAAUGGCCUUGGCUGGUGGUUUGCAAGCUGAUAUCCCUGUGAUGAUUGAUAGUCUUUUGAGGUUGGGUGUGAAGACGAAUGAGGAUGAGAAGGAUCUUGAAGAAGAUGAAAUCUGCAUAGAUAAUAGUAAUAAGGAUUCUGAGUUUGGUAACAACAAUGGUGGUUCAAGCAGUGUGAGAAAAGAUGACACCAACAAACCUCCGAUGGAGGAACCAUCAUAUUGGCCACCGACGUUCUACUCUCCAGGAAACAUUGGCAUCAACGAUGGAGUUAAUGUGCAUGAAGACAAUUUUGAGGUAGUAGCGACGAUUGAAAUUCCCCAAACAAAGGAGAUUAGGAUGUCAAAUCAACCCCCGAUGACGGCUAAUAAUAUGACAACACUCCUCACUUAG